AUGCCACUCCCCCGAACCCGCAUCGCAUCCCUCAUCACCCUGCCUCUCCAAACCCUACGAACCCAAAUACGCCCAACCACACCUCGACCACUCCAAAAAACGCAACCAAUUCGCCCAAUCUCCAUCAGCGGCGCCUAUAACAAACUCUUCAACAAAUGGCGCGGCGUGCCCCCCCAGGAACACGCCGUCGACCGCACAAAGCACAACGCCGACACCACAGACCCCGAGACCAAAGCCUCCGGUCUAGGCAUGUCAGAGCGAGAUCGGAAAGAGGGUGUUGCGGAUCGGUCGCAGAGCCAGGCGACGACUGAGCGCGGGGGUUCGGGGUAUGGGCGGAAGGCGAAGGAGGAGCAUCCGAGGGCACCGGAGCCAGUUAUUGGGAUGAAUGAUGAGAGGGCUCAGAGGGGACAAUGA